GAAACUUGGCGCUGCAGCUACACAGAGCGCCCUGGCCUGGCUGGCACGGUUGCACGCAGAGUUCUGGGGAGCCCAUGCAGAGGCCGCUGUGGCUGCCGGGCUUCAUGCCGUGGGCUGCUUCUGGAGCUUGGACAACUGCCGGGACCAGCUGGCGAAUCUUCCGCAGGAUGCCUUCGGUCGAAGACUGCUCUUAGUGGCUGAAGCCGUUGAUGAGUGGCUGAAGCUCGAGCUGCAGAGCAUCUGCCAUGGCGACUGCAAAGAUCACAACAUGCGCGUUGACGACAACCUUGUCAGCAUGUUCGAUUUCCAGUGGACUGGCAAAGCUUGCGUGGGCAAGGACAUUGCCUACUGCCUCAUCUGUGCUUCAGGUCAACUGUGCUCCGGGGAUGAGGCAGCUUAUCUCGCAGCUUACCACGUGGAGUUGUCGCAACAGCUGGCAGCCCAAGAGGAGCCGUCUCCAACACUGGAGCAGGUCUCUGCCUGCUAUCGACUGGCGCUCCUGGACCUGGCCCGUUGGAUGGCAAGCUACCCGUAUGGGUGGUGGGGCCACGGCCGCGUACUGAAACAGGCAGCUGAAGAAGUCUUGCAAGCUCUGGAUGGUGGGGAGGUCCUGAGCUGUGCUGAUGACUACCACGUUGCGCUGAACAGAGAAUUCCCUGCCUUCUCACGAAUUCGAGAAAAA